UUUUUUGAUAACUAUUUUUAGUACGGGGUUGUCCUGCAGCUGUGUUACGUAUGUGGUACUCAUUAACAUCUACUCCGCGCGAACUUUGCGGCGUUAAAAAUCCUGAUACUACAUGGAGUUUUCUUUCGGAGGAUAAUAAUAUGAGACUUAGUUUUAUAUCAGCUGAUAAAGCGGUAGGACAACAUGGCUUUCGAGCAGUGUGGACUGAAGUGAGCACAAACACAGAUUGCGAAAAUCAAUUUCUAUGCAGCAAAAAUAAAUAUUGCAUUGACGAGUCGUUGCGGUGCAAUAACAUUGAUAACUGCGGACCAGAUGAUUCGUCAGACGAAGAGAACUGUAAGUUUUACUAAUAUUAAACUGGAACAUAUAUUAAAAAAAAUAAGCAUUUCGAAAAAUGA